ACUCUCGGUGCAGUAAAAUGUGGAUCCUACCCCACCUCUACUCAAAACCAACCUUGUGAGACCUUGUGGUCUCAAUCCAAAUAUUCCCCACCCCAACCCCAAGAAAGCUUUCACUUAGCAUCCACCGGGAACUUGUUUUCACCAUUUCUCAUUUUCUCUUCCGGGUCGGGCCGAGUGCGCCCGAUGUUCCGGUCUUGCGCAGUAGGCCCCGAGCGCGAGGUCAGCGGCACCGUUGCCAUGGUAGUGGGCUGCCUGGCGCUACAGGGGCUGGCAAGCUAAGUAGGAAGAAUCCGGGCUUGAAAAUGGAGAUGUAUGAAACCCUCGGAAAAGUGGGAGAAGGAAGUUAUGGAACAGUGAUGAAGUGUAAACAUAAGGAUACUGGGCAGAUAGUGGCCAUUAAGAUAUUUUAUGAGAAACCAGAAAAGUCUGUCAACAAAAUUGCAACGAGAGAAAUAAAGUUUUUAAAGCAAUUUCAUCAUGAAAACCUGGUCAAUCUGAUUGAAGUUUUUAGGCAGAAAAAGAAAAUUCACUUGGUAUUUGAAUUUGUUGACCACACAGUAUUAGAUGAGUUACAACAUUAUUGUCAUGGACUAGAGAGUAAACGACUUAGAAGAUACCUCUUCCAGAUCCUUCGAGCAAUUGAAUAUCUUCACAAUAAUAACAUCAUUCAUCGAGAUAUAAAACCUGAGAAUAUUUUAGUAUCCCAGUCAGGAAUUACUAAGCUCUGUGAUUUUGGUUUUGCACGAACUCUAGCAGCUCCUGGGGGCAUUUAUACGGACUAUGUGGCCACACGCUGGUAUAGAGCUCCAGAAUUAGUAUUAAAAGAUACCUCUUAUGGAAAGCCUGUAGAUAUCUGGGCUUUGGGUUGUAUGAUCAUUGAGAUGGCUACUGGAAAUCCCUAUCUUCCUAGCAGUUCUGAUUUGGAUUUACUUCAUAAAAUUGUUUUAAAAGUAGGCAAUUUGACACCUCACUUACAGAAUAUCUUUUCCAAGAGUCCCAUUUUUGCUGGGGUGGUCCUUCCUCAAGUUCAACACCCCAAAAAUGCAAGAAAAAAAUACCCAAAGCUAAAUGGAUUGUUGGCAGAUAUAGUUGAUGCUUGUUUACAAAUUGAUCCUGCUCAGAGGACAUCAUCUACUGAUCUUUUGCAUCAUGAGUAUUUUACUAGAGAUGGGUUUAUUGAAAAAUUCAUACCAGAACUGAGAGCUAAAUUACUACAAGAAGCAAAAGUCAACUCAUUCAUAAAGCCGAAAGAGAAUUCUAAAGAAAAUGAACUUACGAAAGACGAAAGAAAAACAUCUUAUAUCAAUACACUGCUAAAACCAAAAGAGAAUUCUAAAGAAAAUGAACUUAUGAAAGAUGAAAGGAAAACAACUCAUACCAAUACACUGCUAAAUACUCCAGUUUUGGGAAAAGAAAUGGAAAAAGAGAAAAAGCCCAAGGAAAUAAAAGUCAGAGUUAUUAAAGUCAAAGGAGGAACAGGAGAUAUCUCAGAACCAAACAAGAUAGAGUGUGAAGGUGGACAUUAUCAACAGGAUGCCAUUGAAAAUGCUCAUACUAUGUCUCAAGAUACAAAACCUGUAAUCAAUGAACCACCAAAGCCUGUCAAUUCCACUAAUUCUAAUGGCAUGAAAGAUGAUCCACGUGCUGGAGGAAGUAUGAUGAUGCCACCCAUCAAUCUAACUAGCAAUAAUUUGAUGGCUUCAAAUCCCAAUUCAAAUUUUUCCCAUCCCAGUUCAAGGUUGACUGAACGAGCAAGAAAGAGACAUACUUCUUCACAAUCUACUAGACAGAGCCAAAUGGAGAAGAGUGUAUUUAAUGAGCGAACAGGUCAAAGUGACCAAAUGGCAAAUGGAAACAAAAGAAAGCUGAAUUUUUCCAGAUCUGACAGGAAGGAAUUCCAUUUCCCAGAAUUGCCUUUCACAGUACAGCCCAAGGAGGUGAAAGGAAUGGAAGUUAAACAGAUAAAAGUGCUGAAGAGGGAAUCAAAGAAAACAGAUUCAUCUAAAAUACCAACUUUACUUAAUGUGGAUCAAAAUCAAGAAAAACAAGAGGGUGGAGGUGGCCAUUUUAAGGGGAAGAAUUUGAAGAGGAACAGAUUUUUUUUCUGGCACACCAAGAAAGGCUGAGAAGACUAUACAUCA